UUGACCCACAAUUUCGAAAAACUGAUUAUUGAUCUCAAUACUCUGUGGCAAUGUGACAGAGUAAUUAAUAAAGUAGCAGUGGUAUUCCCAGAUUUGUUUUGUUCUGUUUACUUGCUCUCUGAUGGAAUCAGGAGACCUGAAUUCCCCAGGCUGUAGUUUCAGUAAUGAAAAUAAAGCUAAGAUCAAAACUACUGCAUAAAUUUGGGAAGUAGGUUUCAGAUGAAGACAAAUAUGAUCUGUGCCUGUUUAUCAAAUUUAAAGAAACUGGUUUUCUUAUCAACAGGACUGACAACAUCACAAAAUCCAAAGGAAAUCCAAAUCAAUAGGGACUUUAUGCAGACAAACCAAUAAUGGUAACAAUAACCUUAGUGCCUCAUCGCCUUAUUGUUUUUAAAGGGACUCCUACGCAUUUGCAUAUUUGGCAUUUUUUCGCGAGGAGGCCUCUCCGUUCUCAUCCUUCCCUAUUGUUCCUACAACAUUAGAUCCCCCUGGUUAGUGUUCUGGCAAAACUUUAGAAAAUUUGUAUGGUUAUUUUUCGUGUGUUCAGUUUUUCUCCAACUUUUCGUCAAAAAUGGCAAGCAUAUCAACUGUUGUGAAGACGAAAAAGUUUGAUUCUUCAAGUUUUUGGAACUCUUUGCCUUUCAUCAAGCCGUAAGGGGCAUAUCACUUUCUUUGCUAUCAAUCUUUACAUUUCAAAACAAAAAUGAAUUUUACUAAAGCCAUAUUUUCAACUAGGUCUAGAUUCAAAGGAUGUAGGGAUUUCUAGCAACAAAAUAAUGUUGGAUUUUGUAAACUUGGCCCCUUUUAAUCAUGUUGACAACAAACGAAUUAUUCGUCUCCAACAAUCAUACAAAAAAUAAUUGAAAGAUUUAAAAUGCCUUUUUACUAUCACUGCAGUUUAAAUGACCUUUAGCUUGAAUACUGAUUUAUAAACAUUUUUGUUUAUCAAAAAUGGAGGGGGGGGGGCAUUUGUUCUUCUCUAAAGCUAGAUUUUUGCCAAAAAAUUGUUAUUUACUUUACUGCCCUAGAAAAUAGUUGCAUUUUUUGUAAAAGAUUUAAAUCGGCAAAGGAGCAUGACAUUUUGAUGUUGCAAGAUGUAAACGCUUCUGAAAUUCAGAUGACUCCAGGGAGUAUGGAAAGAGGAGUUAAAAGAUCAGUAGAUAGCUGAUCAGCUGAAUAGGAUUGAGUCUCCCAACUUUGAAUGCACAGCACGAUCGGUUAGGGAGCACUUUAACACCCUAAUCGAGAAAAGGCGGUAAACGGGGAAGAAGAAAGAGCUAGUGGUAUUUCGUCAGAAAAAACGGAAAUUGAAAUUUUGUUAGAUGAGCUUCUUAAAGUGUUUGCAUCAGCUACUAUUGAUCAACAAGCAGCAGAGAAGGGAAAAGUAGAUAAAAGAGUAGAAGAUGCGAAAAAGGCAAAAGAAUGAAGACAGCAGUCAUUGGAAACAUUGGGAGAGACCUGAAAACAAAGAACAGAUGAAUCAUGGGAUGGUAAACAAAAAAGUUAGAGACACGAUGUCUAAUGGCAAUUACACCUUCGCAAUUCUAGAGAAGAAAAUGCGAGAAGAGGCAGAGAUAAAAAGAGAGGAACUGGAGUUGAAAAAAAAGAGAUCGAGGAGAAUGAAUUUAUGAGAGAGGAGACUCGCCAUUAGCUGCAGUACACAUCCCAAGCAUAAUGAGAGGCUAAUACCUCCCUGAAUCGAGGCUCUUAAGUUCAGCCAUUGUUAUGGAAAUCAUUGACAUAGUCAUUGAUCACUGAAAUCAUUGAGAUUGCAAAUCAUUGAAAUCAUUGAGACGCAAGUUUGUUUGAGUGUUGGAAAUCCUUUGUUUGUAGUGGAAUCACAAACAAUUUAGGCCAGGAGGCAUCCAUAAGUUGUUUAUUUCAGGGUUUCAAGGAUAAAAGACAGGCUCAGCUCCAGGGUGCAUUCUCGAAGAUCUUUGGGAUGGAGUUAUGUCAUCUGGUGUGGCACGAGAUAAGCAUCUGCAGCAUGUGGUGUUCAGUGAAAUGGCGAGCGGCACGGCGCGGCACGGCGCAAAGCUCUUCUGUAAUUGUUUGUGUGUACUUCUGCAUCAUCCAAGUGUAUUAGAAAAUUGCCGAGAGUUAUGGUUGUGGGGGCAGGGGCUGUAAUAAUUGCAAACAAUCCUUUAGUGGUAAAUUACAAAUGUAUACUGACUCUUUUCGUCUGACAGAACUAAUAAUUGCAUAAGGACCAUGGAGUACACCAGGCUUGUCCUUGGCGUACAUUUGGGCUGAGGUUUACAUGGAAUGCACCCAAGGCUUAGCUAUAUGCACCAUUGUCCACCAAAAACCACUAGGGCCUAAACAGCCUUUUAAAGAAUGCUUUUUGCUAUAUUUUGUACGCAAUUCUUCAUGCACAAAAACGAUGAAUACUGACAAUGCAAUGAAACAAUAGCUUCAACCCUAAUUCUUGGCGAAGUAUCCACAACAGCUGGUUGUGAUCGGUUGGCACUCUAUUUUUAUAAGAAUACUAUACCUUAUUUCCAGCAUCGAUAUUCUUAGGGAAUUUUCGUUUUGAACCUUAUUAUAUUUAAAAAGUAUUCUAAUUUUUUUCAAAUCUGAAUGUUUUUAAAGGAACAUUGCCUGCUCUUUAAGAAAAACCACCAUAUGUCAGUUCUGAAAUUCCCUGUUGUGAACACAGCAAAACAGGCAACUGCCUAACAAUUAAAAAAAAGGAGGGGGGAGGGGGGGCGGAGGUUGAGCAAUAUUAUAAUAUUGUUAGAAAAUGGAUUAUUAUGAAUCUGAAUAUUCUUUUAUAUAUUGUGUACACGUAUGUAUGUCUUCAAGAAACUAAAUGCCAGUACUGAUUGUUUUUAGAUACUUAGGAUUUUAGAUAUUGGGUAUGGUGUACACAUGAAUUUCUUAUGGGUUCUUAAAGACUUCAAAACAAUAUUCUUGUCUACUUCCUGUGUCCUCAUAAAUGUUUAGAAACAAAGUUUUUUAACCUUUCCAUUGUUUGGACAUAAUAAUAUGAUGCAGUACCUCUAGUCAAGAGUAAUAUGAUACAAGAAACAGGUGAAAACAAAGUAAAAUUUUACUAAAGGGCUCCUUCAUUAAAAUAAAUAGUUUCUUCUUCUGCUGAAAUUUCUGAGUACUGGAGUUUCUUAAUUUUUUUGGAGACCUAAAAGAAUUGACAAUGUAAUCAAAAAACCAGAUAGGAUAAAGUUAGUGGAAACAUUUCAUAUUUUCAAAACUCUGAAUUACUCGUAAUGGGGAUAUUCCUUUACCACCACCCCCCCCCCCCCCCCCCCCCUUGGUCGUUAUCGUAAGCACCUUGCGAGACAAUAAAGUGCCAAAACAGCUGUAAUUUCUAAAGGCCUUCAUGAUCAUAAGAAAUAUUAAAUCUACGACAUAAUUCCCAUAAAUAAAGUAAAACGGAACUGAAAUAUUUACAUUAUCUGCAAAGGUUAAAAGAAACAUUAGGUUACUGGUUACCUAAUAGCUAACUUUGACACAACAAAUCUCAUACUUGGGGCUGAAAAGUAAUGUUGGUUAGUGUUAUGGAUUAUCAUCAAUUAUCUUCAUUUUGUUUUGGUGGUAUCCUCCUGUGGUCCAAAUUAGCAAGAGGAAAUCUUCCUGUCAAAUUUGCUAAUGUUCGUUUCAAUUCAGCUUCUGGUGCACAGAGAGCACUCGUAUGUUUUCGCAUCAACUGCACCCUUUGCCAGACCUCACACUUUGGACAUUGGACCUACUUAACAUUGGUGUUCCUUGCCUGCCAUAUUCAAGCAGAAGGCGCAAGUUUUAGGUGUCUAUUGACGUAAACUUUUUUUCAUCUUCUUUUCUUCCAUUAGUGUUGGCUUCUGUAUUGCUUUCGGCUUUUUCGCAGGUUUCUUUUUGGUUGAUUGGAAUCGAGGUUGAACUUCAAAUUUUUUAUUUGAUGGAUACUUGUUGUAUUUCAAAGUUAUCGAUUUCGCAUGAGAGACUGGAAAGACUUUCUGUGACUGUUAUUGCAGAAUUCAAAUUUGAAAUGCAUGCUUGCAAUGCAGAGUGGUUAUCAGAUGACUCAAUGACAGUCAUCAGAUGAUCAAGUUUACCCCUGGUUUUGAUGCGGAUACCCCCGCUUCAGUCACCAUAUUAGUAUUCACCUCUGCCCUAAUCCUAAAACAAGAAGCCCAUUGCUCUCGAGAAUCCAUGUAUGUUUCCAUGAAAUAGGUAUUGAAGCUGGGGUAUUUCUCUUUCCCAAACUCCUUCACUCCAGCAUUGCACCAACGCUUUUUUUCUUAAGUCUGGCUGGAACAUCCACUGCACUCUCUCUCAUCCAACUUGCACUUUUAUCAAACACUUCCAUAAAAACAUAUCAAAUGUGCGUUUCGAAACAACAACAUUAGGAUUUUGCAUGGAGAACUGUGUGCAUGACUUUUGCCACUCUCCCUUUGACACAUUAAAAACAUCUACUAUCUGCUGGCUGCAUGUAAUCCAUAAAAAAGGAUAUUAUUUUCUUUGCAGAAAACAGGAGUGUUGUAGUCAAUGUGGGAAGGAUGGCCAACAAUUUAUAAAAGGUCAGGAUGUUUUGGUGGGAUUUGGUGAACGAAAUGAUUUUUUAUCCAAGCAUGAAAAUUAUAUGUUUCCAUGCAACCUUUUUCUUGAAAUCAAACAUAGACAUUCUUUAGUAAGCCAAUACAAUACUCCGGAGAUGAAGAUUUUUCUAGAAAAUAAACUGCUUGAGGAAGCACUAAGCCACUGGCAAAAAUACACCAAAGCAUCAUAAUUGAGGUCUUUGUGGGACUGGUGAGGUGGAGAGCAUGCUUCAUCAUUUAUAAAAAACUUUAAUUGCUGGAGGGACCUUGAUUCAUCAAAAUUAAAAAUUCGGUCUGGAGAAGUUAUUCAUUGCUUAUUGCAAACUUCUUUGAACCCAUAAAACCAGCCUGAAAAUAAUUUCUUCUCUGCAUGCAGAUGCUUUAUCCAAUCCAAAGUUUCUUUGCCUUAGCAUUCAAAGGUCCGAAUGCUGUCUAAUCAUGCCAACAUGACUACCCUGGCCUUUUUGAAUGAAACAAUUAAUGUUUUUGUCAAGAGUUUGCUCUACUGCCUCUCAAACCAGUCAGUGUGUUUUUUCAAAUCCUUUUUGACUGGGCCCUCGAACCCUCUCUGUCAAUGCCUUUCUUUCCUCAUGUACCUUCAUAGAAAAUUUGAUGUGUUUGUAUUUUAUUGGAUUUUACCUUGGAAAUGUGCUUAUUUCGACUUUAAUUUCUUGCAAAGUUGAGGAAGAAUAAAAAAUAUAAAGUUGGUUUUACUUUGUCUUACAGAGUUGAUUGACAUAUUUUAGUUUUUUGUUAACCUUCCUAGUAAGCUUUUCAAGUGUUUGUGAUUCAAAGCACAUAUUUGUGUCAUCAGCAGAGAGGAAUAAUUUUAAAUAAUAUUAAAAUCUCUAAGUAAAUAAUGGUCUGCCAUGUGCAACUGGGGCGUCUAUUUCCGGUAUAUAGUUUUCAUUGGCUGUAAGCUUUUGUAUCCUUUGCCAGAUCAUCAACAUCAAGCCAUUUUUCCAUUAAUUUCUGCAAAUGCAACAAGACCUCUACAAUGAUUGCCAGAAAAGCGUUUGUUUCGGAUACAAACAAGUUUCUAUUUUCUAUUCCUGUGUUGCUAUUUCUGCCACAAAAUUGUCCCAAAGAGUAUAUUAUCAACUUGAUCAAAAUUGUCGUAAAAUUUCACCUCCCAGCAACCAAAAAAGUGGGAGAUAAUUGAUCUUCUCCAGCUUUGCAAUAAAUCUAUUUGUUUCUAGAACAACAUCCAUGAUGGUUGAGUUAUCUAGUAGCUUUUUCUGAAACGCUCGCAGCAAAUACAGAAUGUCUCCAAAAAAACACAUGAGCAGCAAACUGUCCUUGUUAGUCAAGAGUUUGCCAAACCCUUUAAUUUGCUCUUUUUGAGAACCUGACCAGUUUUUCUCAGAAAAAAAUGAUUAUGGCUCUCCAAGAUGUCAAGAGUGCGUCUAUAAGUGAAGAUGUAAAUUCUGAUCAUCUUAUUUCAAAGUUUUUCAGGGAAACGGUGAACUUUCAGUCACAUUCCUUUAUAAAGCUCUUUCAGCUCUGUUGUACAGGCAGCUGGAUAUAGUUGGAAGAUUUUCAAAUCAGCGUGUCAACCUCUGUGACCUCUCUAGAAAGAUUCUUCUAUGCUAAGGCAGAAGAAUGGACGGCACAGACCUUUUACUUUCAAUUCAUUCUUUACUCAAUUCUCAUCGAUGAACUUCCAUAGUCCUCUAUAUUGCCCUACAUUUUUACUUUGGCCAUCUGUUGUCGUAUGGUUGGCUGCCUUCAAAAGAUUCCUGAAGCCAAUUGUACUGCUUCUGCUGUUCUUCAGCGCUUGUAAGCUGCUCCUCUGCCUGUGAUGUGCCAAAGAUCAAUAUACUGCUUAAACCGAGAUAUAUAUCAACUAUAUAGAGAUUAUAAUCAAUUACUUUCCUUAUAAUAAUUUACUUAUUACUUAAUAUUGCUUACUUAUUACUUUUAUUGAAUGAAUGGAGUCAAGUAGGAACAGAUUAUUCACAUGUUAUUAAGGUCUGAGGCUCACAGCUGUUGGUAGGUAAAUCCACUUCAAUAUCAAACCCUGUAUCAAACAGAGUCUUCAUUUUCAAGUACCUUAUAAAUUUUGGAAAAUUUCGAAGUAGCUUUCAUUUAUUUUGCCGGGAUAAAGUUCUGAAACUAAUGACAUAGCACCACUAGGGGCAGUUCCAAUCAACUCUUUGUGUAGGUUGCACUCUGUGAUCCUAUUUAAGGAUGAAAUACACGAUCAGUUUUUUCGUCAGAUUUUGCUCAUCUGUCAAAAUAUGUGAGGUUUUUUUGACUGACAAGGCAAAACUGUCUUAACUCUGACAAGGCUUAACUUUUUAUUGAAACUGAUCAGUGAAACUUUAAUCCAAACCGGAAAGGAGUGUUUAUCACACCAAUUUACGGGUUAUCUCUGACGUAUUUUGAGUGAGCAAUCAUAUUUUUGAGGCAAACAUCGAGUAGCAAAACUUUUUAAAAUAAAUCUGAGUAAAAACAAGCUUUAACAUGGCUUCGAAAACGAAAAAGGUUGAGCGUUUCCAGCAAACAGUUUUUUUCAUUUGCACUUGGGAAGCAGAGUUUAGCUUGUGGAACGUGAUGUCAAGCAUGUACAAGGAUCGCAAUGAAAAGCUGAAAAGCUUGAAAACUCUCGUAGAGAAAUGUCAAAUGACAGGUCAAGUUGUUUCUGAUAAAUUCAACUUCUGGUGGUUUUUCUUUUUUUCAGAAAAUGAAGUAAAAUCGAAAAUAAACACACUGCGUACAUAUUAUUCCAAAGAACUGGUUAAAGAAAAAAAAGCAACAAAAGGUGCUGUUACAAAUGAGGUUUAUGUUUCAAAGUGGCCCUACUUUGCAUCAUUAUCUUUCCUCCGUGAUACAAUUAAACCAAGAAAUACAAUAUCCACACUUCUAAGUAAAAAUAAUAAUUUUUCUGUUGUUGCACUAAAGAUUUAAAUAAACUUUUUUUGCCAGGGUACACAUCCAACCGUAUUAAAAUAUCGACAAAAGAUUUUCCUAGUCUCUUUUGCGCUCAAAGUGUAAUUUUUACUUUCCAAAACAUCUAUAGGACGCAUGCCACUUUCAUUUCCCUCUUGUCUCCACUCUCCUUCAUUUAUAGUCCCAUCUUCUGUGCAUUUGGUGUCAAAACUGCCAGGAGGUGAAUAUGUUCCAGGUGACUUUUCCCUGAGAAAAUUGUGAAGAACACAGCAUGCCAAAAUGAUCUUCUCUACGUUUUCGGGUGAAAGCAAAAUCAAAGAUAGUAAUACAUGAAAACGAUUUGCCAGUACACCGAACGCGUUUUCCACUAUUUGCCUCGCCCUGCACUAACUGUAGUUUAAAAUUCUUUGAAAGAUCUCGGAAAGGGUACGAUUUUAGCAUGUUGACUUUCAGAGAGAAGGCAUCGUCAGCAAAAAUUACAUAUGGCAGCAAUGUUUCACAAUCCUGCAUUAAAUGAGGGCCAGGCAAACUGAGAAAAUUCUCCUGCAAUGCAGUAGCAAGGGAAGAGUUGCAGAAUACUCCACCAUCACUUAUCCUUCCAUUAGAAGCAACAUCCAUGUAAAUGAAUUUGUAGUUGGCAUCAACUAGUGCAAAUAGUAUGAUACUGAACGUGUUUUUGUAAUUAAAGUAGUAGGACCCAGAAUUUUGUGGCUACUUUAUCUGCACAUGUUUGCCAUCCAGGGACCCGAUGCAGUUUGGAAAAUUCCACAAAUUUUCAUAUUCCUGUGCUAUUUUUCCCAUUCCUCUACCAUUGAAGGUGUCUAAAUUUAAAUUUUAAGAUGUAAGCGAUUUAGAGGAGCCAACACAAGGUGGUUUUAGUGACGAAAAAUCAGCAGACCAGGAUGUUACUUUGGAAGAAAAGGAAGAAAGUAAUUGGGAUACAGCCUCAGUGGCAAGUCAUGGCUCAACAAAAAAAUCACUCCCAAAAAAUGACAUUACAAGAAAAUGUUCGAAAAAGGAAAAUGAAGAUGACCCAGAAGAUAUUUUUGACAAACAUGUGGCUGUAGUCUUACAAGCUGUGUCUGACCUAAGAAACAGGGAACUUGCAAAAUUAAAAAUUCAAGAAAUGUUACUUCAAGCCCAAUUUGGAAUGUUAGGCAUACUAAUACAACACAACAAAACAAAUUUACAGUUUCAGUCCACCUCCAUAUCAUCAUUUGUUCCUAGGACCAGUCAACAAAAAUUUUUUCAGUCAAAUUCGUCAAUCAGUCAAAUUUUCGGGUUUCAUCCUUAAAAACUUCUUGUACUCAUCCUUCUCCUGUUGGCGAAAUUCCCUCAUCAAUGUAUCAUACAUUCCAAGUAGUGAACGCUUUUUUUGCCAUUGUUUUACCCAUUUGGACCACUGUUUUUUUCUCCUUUUUCGUUUUGAAAUUGUGGCAAUAAUAAUUGCAGAGGCAGCAAAACUGAAAAACUGAUAAAUUUUGACUGAUCGUGUAAACACGCGCGGCUUCAGUUGAACUGAUAACAAAACAAAUAUAAAAAUUUUUUGGGCAAAACUGACAGAAAAAAACUGAUCGUGUAUUUCAGCCUUAAGACGUCUUCUUAAUAUAAAUCUCAGUACAAUGAAUGAGUUGAAGGGUAUUAAUCUUCAAAGCAUCUGGGCAUUGUUUAUGUGACAGACGAUCUUGAAGGCCAACUUGGAUAUGGUUUGCACACAGCAUCUAAACUUCUUUUUGGGCCUUUUGACAUAUACAGCAGAAUCAAUUUUACUGGAUUUUUUCUGAGCCAAUGAAUAAUGUACUGCUGAGCCCAAAUGAAACAAAUGCAAUUUGGAAUGUCUGAUAGUCAGGUAGCCCAGAAUAAAGCCUGAAAUGUUUCUGCACUGUAAAUAAAACAAAAAAUUUGUGAACAUUUAAAGGCACAAAGAGGACUCUGCAGUUUCAUGUAUUUGACCAUUUUGCCAAAUUGAAUGGAAAUCCUCUGUGAUGGAUAAGAAGGCAAUCUUUUUGGGCUUGCGUGUAGAGCCAGCCCACAAAGACCCUUUCAAGCCCAAUACUAUGUUCAAUGGAUGUUUUUGAAUACCGUCAAAGAAAGAUUAAGGGGAUUGCAGUAUUUUUCACUUCACAUAAGGAAAUGCGGAAUGUUUGUCAUACCCUUGAAAGUAGGUUCCAAAAGUGCCAUUAAACUGUUUAUGAUUCCGGACGAGCCUCAUAAAGACGCAUCUUGGAGGUCUAGAAGCAAGUGCACUUGUUUCUAGACCCUCCAGAUGGUCAAACAAGGCCUCUUGUCGAUUUCUGUUGCCAUCUUCCAAGAAAACCUUCCCAAAAGUGCCCCUUGGUUUCACCCACCCUGAUAUAGAAUUGUUGUAAGCUUGAAUUGUUGUAAACGACAGAAGUGGCUCAACUUGCAAUUGGGCCAAAGUUACCUGUUAAAUUCUGUAAUAAAAAAUGAAAAUCCCAUGCAAUAUAUCGAGGAGAAAUAAAAAAAAGUCAAGAAAUCUAAAAAGGUGAACAAGGUGACUGGUAAAAGAGCAACCAAAACAAGUGAUCAACAUAUUGACAUGAUCAUGAAAAAAGGAAGACAAAAAGAAUGGUACUGCAAGUUUAAAUUCUUGCUUUAAGCAUCAAGAUUACCUUGAAUAACUGGUACAUCAUUAAAUGAUGAAUAAGUUGAGCCCGCAGUCCACUCUCCCUAAUGUUUGUUGAGUUUAGGGGAUAGUUCCUCCUCAAUUCAUGUUUCAGGAUAAAAAAGCAAGGCAUCAAGAAUAUGUUCCAUGUCUCACGAAAAUCUCAAGGGAGCUUUUCCUGAAGGCUUUCCAUCUUUACUCCGAGCCUAAAUCAUCAGCAUAACAGACAAGAUGACACACAAUUCAAUUGCAAAAUCCUCUCCCUUGAUUUCCUAACGUUUCUCGUUAAACACAAACACCAGGUUUUCACAGAACUCAUAAUAUACCUGAAUUGGGGACUUAUCUUAGAUGUGCACCCACUGACUGUAGGAUGAGCGGAAAAAGCUUGAUGUCGCAUAUACUGUAAUCACUUUGGCUUUCAAACUUGGCAUUUUUGCCAUUCCAACAUAUUAAUUAUGUCCUCCCCCUCAACAGAACAUUGUUUGUGUUCUUUUGGCUCUUUUGAUCAAUAGCUUCAGAAACUUUGAUGACCUCUUUGAAUUGCUCUCUCUUAAUGACAGCAUAACUAAAUGACACUCACUCUUUUGCAUGUUCCUCGAUGUUGCCUAUACGGCUUUAAAUCAAAGUCGCGCCUGAUUGGUCAAUUGGGGCAGCCCUUGACAACGGGGUGGCAACCAAUCGAGCAGGAGUGUUUACUUCCCGGAUUACUCUUUGUAAAGUUUCUUCGUCCUGUGAAGGUUAUUCAUACCUACCCAACUUUGUUUUGUUUCAUCGUUAGUGAAAACACUGCUUAGUUUUCGUUAAAGUACAAUUUAUAUUGCGAAAGACGCAAAUUUUGUUUCGUCGAGUGUUUAGGCCAUAAAUCGCAAGUCACUCCAAGAUGCCAAAAAGUUGUGCAGUUUACCAAUGCUCUGCUACAGCAGCGACUAACAAAGAUAGUUCAUUUCAUCAGAUUCCGAAAGAUCCAAAACUAAGGGAGACGUGGGUGAAAAAGAUUCGCAGGGAAGAUUUUGUGCCCAGUGCAUCAUCGUACGUAUGUUCAUUUCACUUCGGAGAAGAAGACUUUAGCAAGGGGAAUCCAAAUACCCCUCUUCAGUUUCAAAAAAAAUCUUUGAAGAAAGGCGCCAUACCUAUGUGGAAUUUGAGGGGAACUGAAGGUGACCAAAGGAUAUCUUCACGUACGUUUUUUACGUCACACUGCGCAAGAUCAUCAGAACCGGCAUCUGAAGGCGAAGAACUUCCAAGCAUGGAGCAAAAUGCCGAUGAAGUGGACCCUCCAACAACCACAGAGAAAGACCCUUUUCAAGAAGUUGAACAGCUCCAAAUGAAGCUCACAGAUGCGAGAGCAGAGAUUGAAAGAUUAAAGCCGAGAAUUUUCAAUUUUUCUACUCUAACCAAUGAUGAAAUCAGAAACUACACUGGUUUGGAAUCAUCAAAAUUUUUGGCAGUUGUGGAAAUGAUCGAGUCUUUUCAGCCAUUGACCUACUGGAGUGGAAAAACAGUGAAUUCCCUUAGUUCAUCAGACCAGCUACUUAUUUUUCUGAUGAAAAUGAAGCUAGAUCUCCCUUAUUUUGAUUUAGCCAAACGAUUGAUUUUCAGUUAGCCAAACAACAAUCCAAAACAUUUUUCUUACCUACUUAAAUGUCUUACAUGAACUAAUUUUCAUUGGAUGUUUGGACCAAUGGCCUUCAAUAGCCAAAAACCGAUGUAGCAGGCCUGAAUCAUUCAAGGACAUACCGAAUUGCAGGAUUAUAAUUGACUGCACCGAGUUUCAAAUUGAAACUCCAAGGAAAAAUUUGGAGGCAGCUGCAACAAGCUACAGUAACUACAAACAUAGACUAACUGCAAAGUACCUCAUUGGAGUUACUCCUAAUGGAUCAAUCACAUUUGUCAGUGAUGGCUACCCAGGAAGCACUAGUGACAAAGUUGUCACAGACCAAUCACACAUUAUUUCUAACCUUAAGGUUUGUACUUACGAUCCAGGAACUCAUAGAAGGUUGUUUGAUGAACUAGCUCAAGAUAAGGGUGCAAUUCAACAUUUAUAAUAUUGUAACUUCAAACUUGUUUGGCUGGACGAUAGCUUACCUACAGUAGAAUAUUAGAGAAUUUGCUUCUAAUAAUUCCAGGGUUGCCAGAUUGGCUUUUUUAAAGCCAGAUUGCUCAUUUUUGGCUUUUUCUAGAAUGCUUUGGCUUGAAAAAAUUAAGCAUUGCUUAUAAUAAUGCAUUUGAGCAGCGUGCUUCCUUUUUGGUAAGAUUGCGUGAUUGUUUUCGAUUGUCAAGAAUUCACGGGUUAUUCCGAAAAGGUCGAAUAUCUUAUUAUGUUAAAAUGCAAAAUAAACAGUCUGGCCAAGCCUGUUCCUGUAAUUCAUGGGAAAUUCGGCACGGCAAAGAAUAAAAAUCCUUUAUUAAUGGUGCCUUUCUAAACCCUUCAAAACAAAUCUCAGAGCACACGCACCAGUCUCUUGAAACACUGUGAUAGUUAGAAAUGAUUUUCAGUAAGCAUUCUAGAGAAACAAAAUGGAAAGGAAAUUAUGAUGAUUCAAGGAAAUUCAAGCCCGAAUGGCAAAGAAAACAUCCAUGGGUAAAAAAAGCUGCAGAUGGUUCUGAAAUGGCAUAUUGUUCCUUUUGUCGUGUAAGCAUCCAGCCUCGAUUAUCAAAUCUUAAGAAUCAUGAAGACACAUCCAAACAUAUAAAGGCAGCAGGUUCGGUUUCCAGCACCAAGAAACUCUUUGCACCUCGUCCAAAAGAUAGCGCUGAGAAAAAAAGCAUGGAAUUAAAAUUCGCAGUAGCUAUUGCCUGUCAUACUUCAAUAAGCUCAAUUGAUCAUCUUGGGGAGUUGAUAGCUAGCAAGGGAGCUGGUUCAAAGUUAGAGAAAAUGAAGCUACACAGAUCAAAGUGUACAUCUUUAAUCAAAAAUUUCCUCGGCAUUACUCGAAGAACUUUGUAACGAUAUGGAAGGUGUGAAGUAUUGUGUUAUGAUUGACGAAUCAACUGAUGUUGCCUGCAUUAAAUGUUUGUGUAUUGAAGUCCGCUAUUUUAGUAAGAAAGAACCGAACAUAACUACCUCUUUACUUGGCUUGAUACCAGUUACCCAUGCAACUGGAGAAGCUUUAUUUCAAGCAACAAAAGAUUGUCUUGAAGCUUCAAAGCUAAAAUUAACUGACUUUGUUGGAUUUGCCAGUGACGGAGCAUCAGCCAUGGUGGAGGAGCAUGACUCAGUUUGGUCUCGCAUGAAGAUAGCUGCACCUAAUUGCAUCCUGAUGAAGUGCAUUUGUCAUUCACUAGCACUUUGUAUCAAGCAUGCCUUUGAGCAAAUGCCAUCACAUUUAGGGUUUAUGCUUAGCGAAAUCCCUAAAUGGUUUUCCAAAAGUAUUUUGAGACGUGAAGCAUACAGCAAGUUGUUUGAAAUGAUCAACGAAAAUUCAGAAAGUGCAAGCAUGCCCCGCCCAUUCCAAAAGAUGUCACAAACACUGAGGGAAAGUUCUGUAUAACAUUUUAGUCAACUGGCAUGAAUUGAAAACUUACUUCUCGAAAGCAGAGCUUGAAGGAAAUGCUCAGGUUCGAUUCAAAGCUCGUUUGAUAUCAGAUAUGUUGAAAGAUCCGAUAAAUCUCCUUUACUUCCAUUUUCUUUGCCCCAUCGUUGGAGAGUUUGAAUAAGUAAACGCGUUCUUUCAAGCUACCAACCUUGAGCCAUAUGAUAUGAUGAGUGAUUUCAAGCUAUUCUACGACAGUUUCAAGUGUCGAGUGAUGACAUCAUCUGGAACAGAAUUACCAGUUAAAGAUGUUCAGUUUGGAGCAAAAUUUCUUUUCGAAGCCAGUUUAUUGAGGGAGCAACAUAAAGGCGACAACAACAUGCGUUUGAAAAUAGCUGAUAUGAAAACCAGAUGCCAUAAAAUGCUCCUUGAAGCAGCAAGCCAGCUCAGUCAGCGCAUGCCACACUCAAGUGUGAUAUUUCGAGGUCUUAGCUUCUUGCAACCAUCAUGUGUUUUAAGUCAAGUAUCAAGAGUACCCAUACUCAAAUUACCCAUGCAGCACUUGAUGGCGGAAAACAUAUCCGAAAUAGACAACCAGUAUCGCAAAAUAAUCCUGGUGAAUUGGAAUGAUGAGGCGACUUUCAGCAAUGGUAUUCCCCAAGGAGCAGUAGAUUUCUGGUCUGCUAUACUUAUGUAUAAGAACAAUAUGGGAGAGCAAUCGUUCAAAGACCUUGCAUCAUAUGCCCUGGCCUGUCUCACCACACCAACAAGCAAUGCCAUAGUAGAAAUAAUUUUCUCCUAUGUCACAAACAUCAAGACAAAGCAGUGAAACAGAAUGUCAAUUGAAAUGCUAGAAGCAAUACUGCGCAUCGGCACUAAUCUACAUUUUGGGGAGAAAUGCUGCAGAGACUUUGAAGUGACUGAGAAAAUGGUCUCAUUGUUCAAGUCAGACAUUAUGUAUUCAACUAAUAAGGAAGAUGAAGACGAUUAUAUUACUAUUUUGGACAACUUUUAAGCAUUUUUCUUUAUUUUGUUGCUUUUGCUUGGUAUAAUUGGUUAGAAAAGUGAUUAGAUUGGCCAUAAUUUAAUUCCUUAUUGCUUACUGCCCAUAAAUGAGCUGUUUCUGCGGAGGAGAACUAUUUUGGCUUUUUUUUAACCAAUCUGGCUUAUUUUUCAACAAUUUGGCGCUAUUCCCAUCAUGCAAAUCUGGCAACCCUGAAUAAUUCAUCUAAGUUUAUAUUUGGCCCAUCUUUUAGCAUCUGCUACCAAUAGUUAGAAAUAUAUAAUCAAUCAUUAUCAAAUUUUAAUAGUACAAAAACACUCAAAAUGAAACUAUAAUUACAAGAAAAUGGCAAAAUACAACAUCCAUUAGUUGAAAUGAUUUUCACUCCAAAUUUGAUAUAUAUGCUCUUUAUGUGUUUAUUCUCAGAAUUGCCAUUCAGAUUUUAUAAAUGUGAAGUGCACAAGAAAAUGCAAAUCAAAUAAUGAAGCCAAUCUAUUUUUAAUUACAGGCUGGAGACCUCAUUUUAGCCGACAAAGGAUUUAUGAUCCAUGACCUAAUUCCAAAAGAUGUGUUUUUAAAUCUACCUCCGUUCUUGUCAGGCAAAUCCCAAUUUACAAAGGAAGAAGCACUUUUUGCAAGAAAAUUGCAAGCUCGCGGAUCCAGGUGGAAAGAGCAAUUGGAAGAAUGAGAAACUAUAAAAUACUUAACUUAAUUUCUUGUAAGUUCAGGCCUUUCUGUAAUAAAAUAGUCCAAGUAUGUUCUGCUUUGGUUAAUUUACAAAGUCCACUAAAUAGUGGUAUUUUAGAUAAGUAUGUUCAUUUAAUUGAUAAAAAAUAGUGGUGCAAGAUCAGUCUUAUCAAAAUUUGUGUGCUAUUUAAUCAGAAUAUUAGUGUUAUUUCUGUGCAAGUUACUAAUAACAAAUAAAUCUUCAUAGCAACAUGAGGAUAAGUUGUAUCAAACUGUAAGAAUUCAUUAUCCAAGCUUUCAAAUUAGCUGUUGUCACAAGAUUUAAGUUGUGUUUGAAUACUAGCAGUUUGCCCCUAAUAAAUUCAAACAGUAAUUUGUGAUAGGAAAUAUCUAGAGCAUUUAUAUUUGUUUAGAAAAUGUGCAAUUAGUGUUAAGUUAAAAUAUUUGCAUAAAAAACAUGAGAAUAUUUCUAAGACUUGUUUUCAAUGCAUCUUGGCAAAAACUCUCUAAUAUAAAAGUCUGUUAGCUUGGGUAUGUUUGUUUCUGCCUAGCCAUUGUCCCUACUGACAUAAAUUACUUUAAGCUCUUUGGUUGUCCAAAUUAGAAAAUGUGCCCAUGAUACAUUGGCAGCUACCAUUUCUCCCUGUACUUGAUGCCAGUAAUUAUGUGUCUCCUUUAAUUCUCCUUUCUUUGUUACGAAGAAAGAAGCAGCAGUCUCUUGGCCUUUCAGUUCAUCUUGCAGCAUCAAAAUUUCUGUUUCUGUGUCUCCAAGGGCAUUUGACUUCCAGGACACCAUGCUCUUCAUUUGCUGCCCCAGCUACAGUUAUAAUCCCAUCUGGAGAGCAUCCAAGGAAACCACAAGGGAGCAAAAUCAAACCAACACCCUUAACAGAGUUGCCUGUUUGUCUGAUGUACUCUUUAAUGGCCCUCUCUUCGUGCAUUUGUCCCCAUAAUAUUGAGUCUUUCCCUGCAAGGUUAUACUCCCCCAUCAAUGAUUUGAAUAAUGAUGGGGGAUAAGGUCUGGCUGUUAACUGCUGCCAGUUAACAGCCAGACCUUAUACAGACCGCCUAACAGGCACCAAAAUUGCUGCCUGUUAGGCGAAACUGCCUAUGUUUGCCCCAUAACAAUGACUUUUGUUGUUCUUUUGUUUGCUCUGCAAGCCAUUCAAUUUGAUCAGAGGUAACAUGGCAUCUCUCAAUAAACUGUUGCUGAUCUUUUUUGAAGACAUCCAGGAUGCUUUCAACAGUUCCGGGUUCAGAAACACAAGUGUCCAGUGUUGAUGUUGCAGGGGGUUCUGGCCCAACAAUCCACAGUAAUGGGCAAGGGGUUGACUUUGCCAGACUCUCAAAAAGCAUUUGUUUAUCUCUGGCUUCAACUUUUCUGGAAGUGGCCCUAUACUCAGGUUUGCUUUGGGGAAACAAGUCAGAAAGGGUCCUCACAUUUUGUUUAGCAGCCUUUUUUGGUCGUGCAAUCCGUGAAUUUGGUAAAUCUGUUUUAGAUAACCCCUUCUUGUUCGCAUUUAAAGAUACAGCUGCCAUAUGGCUGCAGAUCAAUUUUUCCUCGUGGGCAGUCACAAUAAGCAUACUUGAUGCUUUGUUAUUUCAAUGCAAAUUUCCCUCUCUAACCUUUGUUUUUCGCCAUUACCUUCACCUUCGAUCACUCCAGACAAGUUUUCUCAAAAAUGAUCACAGACACCCCCGGUUUUAGAAUUGCUUGGAUGAUCAUUUCGAUAUUUAUUUUUGCGGAAUCUCUCUAUAGAAAUAUUCUCAUUUUUUAUGUCAUUAGUUAACAUAGAUUCAGACACUGCAAAGAGAUCAAAAUGGCGAAUUGAAAUUAUAUGCCUCCCCUAGCACAAAUGCUGUUUAAGUUCCAAUGACAAAAUUCAAGGCAGCCAUUGCUUUCAAGGCCUGGAUUUGUUUCUAUAUCUCCACCCAAUGAAUGUAGUAUACGAGGGCGGAACUUUAAUUUCUGAAAAUGUAAUUUAAAAGUUCUACAAUCAGCAGAUAGUACAUCCGAAAGUUGGAUAUAAAAAAGAAGUUUCUUUUGGUGAGCAAAGAAGUUUAUAAGUAGCUUGGCCUUUUUCAUAGUCAUCCUGGAGAGGAAGGUGUAUAAGAAACAAAUAUUAGCGAGAAAAAUCAAGAGAAGUCUUUUAAAAAAAUUUUUAACACUUUGUGGAUCUGGAGUACAGACAGGAGGAAGUGAGUAAAGACAGGUUGAAAGAGAAUAAAUAAAGACUGGAACAGGGACGGAGGGUAUCCAGAUGAAAAGAUACAUAUAGCCUCAUGUUUUCAAGGCUGUGUAGAGAAGCGAAGAACAGGGGUACAAAAGGAAGCUAUUUCCAGAUGCAACUCCUGCACACCAGCCCAUGAGUUCUAUAGGCAUGCGACCAUGCAAGAAAGAUCUCUUUGGCCAAAUUUGUGAAUCACUAUAUUGUUGUGUCGAUUCAUUGGAAUUCAAUAAACAAACAUCAAACAAAAGCUAUUUGUACUCAAAAGCAGAAGAAAUAAAAAACAAAGCAUUUCUAACACAAGCUCUAUGACACAAUCUCUAUCGUGAAGGGGGUUGGGUAUUUUACUUAAUCGUUUGGGAUGAAGUUCAAUGGUCGUUGGGGCUUUUGAAUUCAAAGGAGAAAUGUAGUGAAUGACGUUCAAUCUGUACUUCAGGCAAACUUGAUGCUUCUUUUGAAGUCGCUUCACUCAAAACUAGCUUUACUCAGGAGAACAAAGUAUUGUUUUCCUUAGAAACUUUCUUUACUCAAGAGGACAAGAGGAAUUCGGCUAGAAAAAUAUGAAGGAUUUAAAGCGAUAUCAAAUAGUAAAAGUAUGGUAAAUUUUUUAGGGCUACGUUACUGUAAAUAAUAUAGUAUCAGAUAGAGAAAAGCUCAAAUAUGGGGUGCCCCAAGGUUCCUGCUUGGGUCCCAUCUUGUUUCUUUUUUAGGCCAGUACUUUGUUUAAUGUAAUUGAGCAGCACCUUCCAAACGCUGACGGUUAUGCUGAUGACCACCAGAUAUAUUUGUCUUUCAAACCAGUCAAUCAAACAUCACAAGAAGAAGCACUGCAUGCAAUACAGAAUUGUGUGAACGAAGUUAGAAAAUAGAUGCUAGUGAACAAGCUAAAGAUUAAUGAUUCAAAAACAGAGUUUCUUAUUAUUGGUUCUAAACAUCAAUUGAAUAAAAUCAGAACUGCAUUGGCUGUCGGUAAAAGAAAGGAUUGACCUCAAGAUUUUGUUAUUAACAUUCAAGGCAC